AUAUUCUAGCAAGUGAAAAUGUCAAAGAUGGCCAAUCCACUAUGUUUGAAACUGCAGCAAAGGAUACCAGUUGUAGCUACUGUUUAUUCUUACCGUGCUUGUAUCACGAAGAAACAGCAGAGGAAGUGGAGCAGUGAAUUCAGACCACCCCGUAGGCUAGUGUUAGGACUAGGGGCUUCAUUUUGGGCGCAGUUUAUGAGCAUGAGUAGUGCAGGUGGAGGUGGCAAAUCUUUCAUUGCUUCUGCAAGGCAAAAGGGUGCUGUUGAAGAGGUAUUGAAGAAUGUUGAAUGGCCAGCGCAGUUUCCCUUUAAGGAGGAGGAUUUCCAGCGGUUUGAUGAGUCAUCAGACUCAUUAUUCUAUGAAGCUCCCCGAUUUGUAACGCACAUUGAUGAUCCAGCCAUUGCUGCACUGACUAAGUACUACUCAGAGGUUUUCCCUCCCAGCAAUACUCCUGGAGUUAGCAUUCUGGACAUGUGUAGCAGUUGGGUCAGCCAUUUUCCAAAAGGAUACAAGCAGGAAAGAAUAGUUGGACAAGGCAUGAAUGAAGAGGAGCUUAAGCAGAAUCCUGUUUUGACAGAAUAUAUUGUUCAAGACUUAAAUUUGAAUCCUAAACUUCCAUUUAAAGAUAAUUCCUUUGAUGUCAUAACUAAUGUGGUCAGUGUUGAUUACCUAACAAAGCCUCUUGAUGUGUUCAAGGAGAUGUGCCGGAUACUUAAGCCUGGUGGAUUAGCUAUAAUGAGCUUUUCUAAUCGUUGCUUUUGGACAAAAGCAAUCUCUAUAUGGACAUCAACUGGUGAUGCUGAUCAUGUGUUGAUUGUGGGAUCAUAUUUCCAUUAUGCUGGAGGAUUUGAACCUCCUCAGGCUGUGGACAUAUCUCCUAACCCUGGACGUUCCGAUCCAAUGUACAUUGUUUACUCUAGAAAAAAGCAUCUAUAGCUUGAGCGGCCAUGGACAGAUUGAAGAUUGACAGCCUAAAUUUUGUGGCUACUGAAUUUAUGCUUUCCCCCAUUAUUUUAGUCGUCGAACUGUCAUAUUAACUUUCACCUUCUCAGUGCCAGAGGAAGAGCCAUUUGCUGGCGUAAAAACCCAUACGGAUCAAGAUUGAAAGACUUGAAAUUGUUACCAAUACAUCCUUAUUAUUUAUGAUAUAAUCAUUUUUCGGAAACACUCCAGAAGCAGAAUUAGGCACUUUUCUUGAACUUUAUGUAUAAUCUUUAUGUUUAGUUCUAAAGACCAAAAUAUUUGAAAUCUUGAAACAUAGAAGACACGGUGAGUUUCUUGUUUCU